AUGAACCUGGCUUGCAGUGAGGGACUUACCCUUUUAGGGGUUGAACGGUUUGGACCUGCGGACAAAAGGGUGUUCUCUGUGCACAUGGGUGGUGGUGGUGGCGGUGGCGAUGGUGAUGGCGGAGGUGGUCGAAGUUGCUACCACCACCCACCCACCACCACCAUCACCGUCAUCCGCCACCGUUACCCACCUCCGCCGCCACCUGCCACCACCGCUACCACCACCUACCGCCGCCACCCACCUCCGUCCCCGCCACCGCUGUCGCCGCCACCCACCGUUCUACUGCCACCUCCAAUCAUCGCCACCACCCACAUUCGAUCAUCGCCGCCACCAUUGCCACUGCCACCUCCGAUAACCGCCGCCACCACCACUAUCAACCGCCACCACCCACUGCCACCACCGCUACCACCUCCGACCACCGUUGCGGCUGCUACCACCCCCGCUACCACCAUCGCCACCGCCGCAACCUACCUCCACCGUCAUCCACCGCCCCGCCACCUACCUUCACCGCCAUCCACCACCACCACCAUCGUUGUCACCAUCCGCCAUCGUCUCCACCCACCACCACCGUCGUCGUUACAACUGACACCUAGCACCACGCACCAUCAUCGCCCAUAA